GCAGAACUAGCGCGCACUCUGAUGCAAAAAAGAUGGUAAAGCCAUUUCUUAGUUAAAUAGAAAGCCACGGUGAUGGUUGAGUUCGUUUCUUUAUAGAAAUUGUUUUUUUUUUCAAUAAACAAUUGUUCCAAAAUAUAAGAAAUUUCUUUCGUAUUACUGUUAACGUUACUCUCAUCCUUAAAUUGAUUAAAUUAUUUAUGCGAUACAAAUGGCUUCAAGCUCCGUUUCGCAAGAGAGUGUUGAUCAUGAUGAGAGAAAUUGUACGAGAAGAGUAAAAAUUCGCACUGUUCGCACAAAUAUCCGAAAUGCUGGCCAUAAGGAAGAAUUAUUUGAUUGCGAAGAACGUGACAGACGAAUUCGCUCUUUUGCUAAUUUGAAGGCGAAAAAUACAAAAGAAAAGAGAAAAUUAAGAGAAAAACGCCGAAGUGCUGGCGUUGUUCAUCUUAUUUCAACCGAAUCAACCGGAGAUUCCUUAGAUGAGGAUGAUGUUAUGGACAUAACUAAGAAGAAUGCGGUGAUAAGUGAGGAUUCUGUCUUUCAAAAUAAUCGUGAAACGCAAUAUAAAUACUCCUACAAAAAUCCAUCGGACUUGGAUGCUGAUUUUGAAGAUAAUCAAGAUUAUGAUAGUGCUGUUAGUCAUAGUGAGGUAAAAGAGCCGGAAGGUUACAAAGUUCGCUUCCUAGAAAAGCUCCUUGAGCAGGAAAGAACCGAGAGGCUGUCACUCAAAGAAAUAUUAGAUGAAAAAGAGAGGAGAAUAGGACAGCUAGAAAAAGAAGUUCGAAUGCUAAGGACGGUACGGCUAUUAAAAAUUUAAUAUUUAUUAUUUAAUCAAUUAAUAAUCAAACCCUUUUUUUAUAUGCUUCAGCAGAGAAGGCAUUGAACACUUGGUAAGACAAUUAAUCAAAUAAAAACAGGCCUAAACUAUAAAAGAAUGCUUUUUUUUAUAACAGAAAGAUUACAGUGAUGAAGAAGAUUGUUAGAUAGAAAUGAUUAUGCAUACAUCUAUAUCUAUAUAUACUUAUAUAUAUCUAUGUACUUGUAAAACAUAUAUACAUAUAAUAUAUACAGUAUAGAUAUAUAUUAGGCUAUAACUUAAAGACUUUUCAUUUUAUAGAAUGAACUGAUUUAUAUUUAUUGAAUGACACUAAUAAAUAAUACUUACGUUGGAAAACAAUAAAGCUGCA